AUGCCUAGUGGUCUUUAUUACUCUCAUGCUGAUGAUCUUGGAGCCCGAGUGGUUGGCCAUAAGUCUCGAUUCUAUAUCGAUAACAGCACUGCACUUGAAAUGAUGCAGCGAUUAAAUUUCAGGUGUGACCCUAUUCCUUAUCUUGGCAUGUUUGGGAAAUGGGCAACAGUUCCAGAUGAAAAGAUCAAAGAUUUUACCUGGAAAACAUCUGUGGAUGUAGGAUUCGGAUACUUGGUCAGGCUUCAUUUCUGCGAGAGGGGACUUCUGAUGGCAGAGAACAGAAACAGCAUAUUCAGUGUCUUCAUAAAUGACAUGACUGCAGAAAUUAAUGUUGAUAUAGGCAAAGAGAGGAGCGUCAUCAGUGGAAUCCAUUUGUACAGAGACUACAUGGUGAUGGUGAAAGGACACAAAGAAGUGGGCAGGCGUGAUCUAACGAUUUCCCUGCAAUCAAAGGAUGAAUUGGUAAGUGAACUCUUUAAAGGAUUGGAGAUAUUGAAAUUGAGCAACCACGAUAACAGUCUUGCAAAUCCAAACCCCUCCCCUCCCGGACGAUCUUCAAAAUCCAUUACAGUGCUAAAUUUACUGUCAUUUUUUGGUUUUGGAAAUGCAAUUGCUACUGGCGCAGUAAUUGUAAUCUCCCUUGUCAACAUCAUUACUUAUAAGUUGCGGAAAAUUUGGGAAGCUAACCCUACCGACUGUGGAUAUGAACCUUCAGCCUUGACUGGAAAACUAUGUCGUCCUUUUAAGUUCACUGAGAUCCAAUCAGCCACUGAGAAUUUCAAUGAAGCACUAGUUAUUGGGAAGGGUGGAUUUGUAUUGUGUGAAAGACCAGCACUGGAUCGAAGAGUCAAAGAGGAUAAGCAGAGCCUCAUCAUUUGGGCUCAAGAUUGCAUCAGCAAAGGAGACAUUGAUCAGCUUGUUGCUCCAAGUCUGCGGGCACAAAUAUCACCGGAGAGCCUGAUGACAUUUCUUGAAGUUGCUAAAAGAUGCUUGCAUGAUGAACCAAAUAAACGGCCUACAAUGGCUCAAGUUGUGUUACAACUUGAGUCUGCACUGGAGCAGCAGGAAAGCUCAAAAUCUUCUGCUCCAGAGAUAACUAGUUCUGAUAGUGUCGUGCCUUGUGCUGGGGAAACUCUCCAUUCAAUUAGCUCUGAGAUAGAAGAAAUGUCCCCUGUGGAUAAGCAGAAUAUGCCACUCUCUCUGACUGAAAGAAGCAAAAUGGUUCAGAAUGCUGAGCCAUCAGGCAGAGGAGCACAAGUGUAUAAGAGAAACAUAAAUGCUUAUAAGCUACCACGAUUUUGGCCAUGGAUUACAUUAUGGAAAAGGGCGAACUUAACAAAGAAAAACCAUUUAUCAGUACCAGAAUAUUUUGGAGAGGAAGUUGAAUCGCAUAGAUUUGAUCUGGCUACAAUUGCAGCUGCAACUAAGUUCUUCUCGCUUCCAAAUAAGAUUGGAGAAGGUGGAUUUGGUAAUGUUUAUAAGGGUCUGUUAUCUACAGGACAGGAAGUAGCUGUUAAAAGGCUUUCAUCAAAUUCCUACCAAGCCUACAAUGUUCUUAAAAAUGAGAACAAAUCUCUUGAUGCUCACCUAUUUGGUGGAAAAAGAUAUGAACUUGGAUGGACCAUACGUUUCAAAAUCGCUAUUACUAGAACUUUAGAAAGGAUUGUUGAGACAUAUGGUUAUAUGUCUCCACAAUAUGCCAUGAAAGAUAUUUUCUCUGUUAAGUCAGACGUGUUUGGGUUUGGAGUUCUUCUCCUAGAGAUUGUGAGUGGAAGAAGAAGAAUUUAUUGUGCUUUUCCUGACCUUAUUGAGUGUGCCUGGAAGACGUGGAACGAAGGAAAAGCGUUAGAAUUUUUAGAUAAUUCAAUGAAAGAUGAGUUUCCAGUAGAUGAAGCAUUAAGAUGUAUCCAAACUGGACUUUUAUGUGUCCAAAAAGGACGAGAUGAUCGACCAACAAUGCAAUCAGUGUUUGAGAUGUUGGAAGGAGAAGAUCGGUCGUUGCCACAACCGUUACAACCUGCAUAUGUUGAAAAAUAUCCUAGUUUGAAGACAAGCACUCAUAUCGACGCCACCAAUGAGGUAACUGUUCCAAAGUUAGAGUGUCGAUAG